GAAGCAGCGGGUCAGAUUUGGUACGCGCUGACGCCCGAGUUGGACAUGCACCCGCACGUCCUCGCAGUCGACGAGGGGUUCCUGAAGUGUCUCGUGUGCUUCGACAGCAGUGGCGCGGCGAUCGCGGGGUCGAACUCGGGGACGAGAUGGUAUCGCAAGAAUGUGGCAUACGGCGACGGGUGGGACGCCAGCCCCCUGGAAGCGAUGGAGGCUCUGGAGUUCGCGCAGCCGCCGCCGCCCUCCGGCCUGACUGGGCGGGGGUACGAGGUCGUAGGGAUUGACUGCGACGCGGGCGCCGACGAGCUGCCCGCCGCCUCGCCGCCGGAAUGGUUCGGUCUCAUCUCGACCGACGGGGCUGGUGAUAAGCAGAAGCUGACCAGUUUGAAGGUGGACUCGUACGUAAGAAUGAGCGACUACGCACUCGCGAAGUGGGGGGGCAGUCUCCUCGUAGCGGUGGCCGUGGAUCCCGCCUUGCCCGGGGCCGACUUCGAGCUGGAUGCGCGGCUUCUGCCUUUAGCCGGCAGCCCCCAGGGCAUUCGGCACCUGGCGUUCAGCGAGGGCGUGAUCCAGCUCGCCGAGAGCGCGUGGCCGGGCUGGCCGAUGAUGGGACCCCGCACGGUGAAAUGGCACAUCAAAUUCCUGUCGCAGCAAGAUCAGCAUCCGAGAGCUCGCCGCGCCAAGUGGGUCCACGAGGCGAACCUGGAACCCUGGGGCGAGGGCGCGCAGGAUCACGACUUGGCCAUGCGCAUGUUCGAAAUUGGGAUCGCGUUCGACCAGGCGAACAUCGCAUAACACGCCGUUUACGAACUGCUGGCGAGAAGGGCCCAGAUGGCCUUGUGG